CGACGUCUAGGCCCGAGCCCGCAUCUGGCCUGGCAACACAGACAACAAACUCGGAGUCAACAAAAGAACAAUAGUGCCGCCCUUGAAUCUUACCGGCAAAGCAAAGAGUACCAUGGUCCAUGGUAUGGUUACUACGGUGACCAUUAGAUCCUCACCUGCCUGCCUACGGCAUUCGAUUUCUACUGGUACAGAAUACAUACAUACAGUGGUAAGGUACAGAGAGCUGAGUACUACUAGUAUAUAAGCUACCUACGAGGUAGUUAAGCCAGCUGCGAUAUUCAUUUUGCGCUGCCUUCAUUUUCAACGCCCAGUUGGCAUCAUCAGUUUCACAUUGCUCUUCAGCAAUACAGACCUCAAGUCAACCAUGACGAUGAUGUCGAAAUCGGGUACAUUCUUCGACCUGAAAUGGAAGCUCCGGGGUCAUAUUGUCAUGCUCUUCCUGGUCCUGUUGCUCCUCGUCCUAACGGGAGUUUACAUGAACCUGGCCCCGUUCGUCACCCGGCCCGACAUCAUGGGCAUCGUCUACUCGAUCAAAUCCAUCAUCAUCGUCGCCUAUCAACUUCUCACCGAACACACGCGACGAUUCGCCAGGUGGAAGAGCGUAAAGGCAAACCUCAUCCUAAACUGCAUCGAGCCAAUCUUCUGGCUCACCCUCAUUGCUCUCAAGUUCAUGGGCAUCUCGAAGUUCUGCAGUGGGAGUAGCUGCGCGGUCGCUUGGAUCAGCGCGCUGCUUGUCAUGGUCAUCUUUGCCUUGUCUCUCCAUCUUUGCAUGCUUGCCGUCAGAGAGUACCGCGAGUUCAAGAAAUCCGGCGAUAGCCAGGCCUGCUCCUCGGACCAGGUUCUCGUAGAUGCCAAUAGAUCCAGUACUAUCCACACCACUACUGCUUCGACGGGGACGGAGGCUCGGAACGCCGAGACAACAACCCGACGAGUUCGGUCCGGUAUUGUGAACCGCCGUUCUCACGCGAAAUCGCGGACGGGAUGCCGGACAUGCAAGAGGCGCAGGAUCAAGUGCGAUGAAAGCAGGCCGUCUUGCCGCAACUGCGAAAAGCACGCAGUGGCAUGCGACUUUGCCUCGUCCGAUUCCGCGUCCGCCUCUCCGGCUGUCCCAUCGCCGCAGGGCCCGUUGCCGGCGUCGCAACUUCAGGGAUCCUGCUCCAUAGCCCCGUCAUGCGACAUCAACUUGCUGGAUCUCGAGCUGAUGCACAACUUCACCACGUAUACCUGCACGACCAUAAUCGGCGACCAGGGCGUCCGGCAGCUGUUACGCACGGCAGCCGUCCACAUGGCCGUCGACUGCGAGUACCUCAUGCGGUCCAUCCUCGCCGUCUCGGCUCUUCACCUGUCUCGCUACCGCCCGCAGAGAAAGGAUCUCUACCUCCAGCGCGCCAUGCACCAUCAUCAAGCCGCCAGCUCGGCCGCCAUCGAGCUACUGACCGACUUGAGGCCCGAAGAGUGCGAGAGGCUGCACCUGUUUUCGAUGCUGACAGUGUACUAUGCUCUAGGAUGUCCUGUCAGCGAGGCUGAUCUAGCACCAGGGGCCCCAUUGAUCCCCCACUGGCUGCGUCUGCUUCAUGGAAUGGAGCCGAUUCUGCACAUGCUAAACCCGAAGGAGUACCGCGGUGUCCUGACGCCCUUGUUCGACUUUGGCCGGAGCCGCAUGCAGCCGUUCCUGAAGACCACACCGGCCCGGUACCCAGGCCUGCUUGUGGACGUCCAAUCACUCAUCCACCGGACCUGCACCAACCCUGAUCUCAUCCCGAUUUACGACGACAUGAUUGAGCAGCUCCGUCGCAUACUCGGUCUGGUCGUGACGCCGCCUCGCUGUGCUAUUUCCCUUUCCCACAGCGGCCACGAAGCGCCCGGCAUCGCACAGUCGGAGGCACCGGAGCCGUCUACAUCAUCGACCUCGUGCGUAAAAUUGGAGGCGUGGGACAUCCUGGUAUGGCAAUGGACGCAGGGAAAGCGCUUCCUCCCGUUGCUCGAUGUCGCCGCGCCGCCGCAGGAAGCUGUGGUCAUCUUUGCGUAUUGUCUGCUCGCGCUGAGGAAGUUGGAAAGCCAGUGGUACGUCGAGGGCUGGGCGGACCAUCUGAUGGCCAAGACGUGGGCGUUGCUGGACGACGAGCAUCGCCAUUGGGUCGUCUGGGCGACCGAAGAGAUGGGUUGGAGUCCGCCGAGAUGCUAGCAACGCAGUUCAGGGUCAUUUGCUGGGUACCUACACUUCCGUAAACCAGUGUAUCAUAGUACUACUACUAGACGUUGGCUUGGUCGAAGGUACUGUACCUUAGUCACCGUAGAGCCUAGGUACCUAAUGACGACCAAAGACACGCGGACACCUGUAGGCUCUGCAGCUUCCAAGUUCCACCUUGGUAUUGUACAAUACAUACAGCGUCGUCAUGGUGCAUUAGGUUGUCGGCUCCAGUGCGAAACGCCGCCGUGUCGCAGCCUUCUCUUGACGUCGGGUGACGAGUAC